UGUGUGUGUGCAUGAGUGUGUAUGAGACCCGGUGCUUGGAGUAGAGUCCGGGGUAGUGGAGUAGUUAUUUUGUGUUGUUGUGGGGAUCUCCGGUGUGUCAGAGCUGUGUGAGCGCUGCGUGAAACUGCUGGUGAGUGCCUCAGUAGUGAACUUGUGUUGGUGCUGCCUGUCUGAGGGGUAAUUGCUGUCCGGGUCUACCAGUCCGCUGGGUUUCUUUUGAGUUUGGAGUCUGGAGAGCUGCAUUUACAACUCAGCUGUUGUUUUGUCUUCUGUUUGCUAUUUACAUUUAUCAGUCAUUUUCCGUGGGGACACAUUAUUUUGAAAGCAGAGUUACAUCUGUCAGAGUUUCGUUUUCUCUUUAUAAAUCAAGGGAAAUCUUCAUUUAAAGUUCUGCUUUUUCAACAAACAUUAAUCCAACAUUUUUCACUCAUUUUGCAAUUUGUUAAAUUUGAUUAAAGACGCUUAAAGGACUUUUUUUUUUUUCAAAUAACAACAGAUUUAAUGUUUUAAGCAAAAAAUAUAGUGAGCAGUCAUUUGAUCCUAAUCAUCCAACCUGUGUUUUUUCUCACUCGCUGUUAAAUUACUUGAAAGCAUGUGCGGUCUGCUCUACCCACUUUUCUCCCCUCCUGUCGGCUGGAGUAGAGGAGACUAAUUUAGAAGUUGCAGAUUUGAGCUGCCUGAAUUGGCUAGACAGCUGUAAUCGCACUCCCUCCUAGUCUUAAUCUCUUUAUCUGGCUAGCAGCUGCCAUAUGGCCCCCGUCAGCUGGAUCAGAUGUGGGUAAGCCUCCCUCCCCGGCCGUCCCAGCCUCUCCCUCACCCUCUCCCUCACUGCCCCUCCGUGUCUCUCUCUCUUUCUCAGACCCCUGCCUGAGCCGGCCGGUCCGGGGCCGGGUUGGCCGGGUUGACAGGCGGCUGCCCUCCUGAGCCUCUGCCGACGGCUCCCUCCCCGUUCGCCGCCACAGCCGUCUUUAUUUUUAGACAUCUUUAAGGAUUAGGAUUGAUGCUGUGACGAGCAGGGCACUUACAGUGAUUGUAUUGUAAAUCUUCUCUUCUGGGUGGUGGGUGGGGUGGUGGGGGUUGAGGAAAAGGGCAGUUUCUACUAUGGGGCGGAUGUGUAGGGGUUUUUCUUGUAAGAUUUAGAUGGGAACGGUAGUGUGUGAGUGACGGAUGGUGAGUGCGUGGAAGGAGGAGGUGGAAGAGGAGUUUGACUGGACAGGGGGUGGGGGUGUGGAGAGGUGGGAGGUGGUACACCCUUGUCCCCGUAAGCCCCCUCAUUAAAAGCAGUUUGAAUGAGCUGUAGGGCGAGCACACGCACACAUACCCCACCACACACACACACACACACACACACACACACACAGUCUCUCACACACACUGACAUUCUUGGUGUAGCUUCAUUUAAAUGAGGUGAUUUAACUGCUUUGGUUAACACAGUGCCGAGCGGGGCCGAUGUAUUUUCUCAGGCAGGAGAAAUCCACUCGGUUAACAGGUUAUGAGGACGGCAGGAUGGAGUUCCCAGACCACAGCAGACAUUUACUCCAGUGUCUGAGCGAGCAGCGGCACCAGGGCUUCCUGUGUGACUCCACGGUGCUGGUGGGCGAUGUCCAGUUCCGUGCGCACCGUGCUGUGUUGGCCUCCUGCAGCAUGUACUUUCACCUCUUCUACAAGGACCAGCUGGACAAGAGAGAUGUGGUGCAUCUCAACAGCGACAUUGUCACAGCCCCGGCCUUUUCCCUGCUCCUGGAGUUCAUGUAUGAGGGCAAGCUGCAGUUCCAGGACCUUCCCGUGGAGGAUGUGCUGGCAGCGGCCAGCUACUUACACAUGUAUGACAUUGUGAAGGUGUGUAAGAAACGUUUGAAGCAGAAGGCCACGACGGAGGCGGACAGCACGCGCAGAGAGGAGGACGGUGGGUCCAGCUGCUCUGAUAAGGCAGACAGUCUAUCAGACGGUUCUACCGGCCGGCCUGCAACUGCUGACCUGCUGCACAGUGAUGAGGAGGAGGAAGCAAAGGCAGAGAGUGCACCGCUGUGGCUGAGGCUGCCGUCUGCGGACAGAUCAGCAACACCGGCCUUGGCUACAACCAGCCCAGGUCACAGUGAGGCUGUGACACAGGCUGGGGAAAGUCUUCGGGAGAGAGGAAAGCUGCUCUCUCCGGCCGGAAGCCCCUCCAGCUCCACUGGAUCCCUCUCCCAGAGGUCGCACCGCUCUGUCAGCUCUCGUGGAGCGCACAGGGGCAGGAGGGUCUCAAAUGAUGUGGCUGACUGUGUCCUGGACCUGUCAGUGAAGCCUAUCCCCAGUAGCAACCACAGUAACCACCACCAAUCCUAUUUCAGCAGUGCAGCCACACCAGACAGCAUCCAAAGCCCAUUGGCUGUGAGGGUGAAGGUAGAGAGGGGCGUGGCUUCAGACGAGGAAGAGGAACUAGGAGGUGGGGACUAUGAAAUGGAGCACAGCGGCAUCACCAAGGCAACAGUUCCCAGCGCCAACGGGGGCCUAACCCACCACGGGGUCGGAGGGCCUCUGUCAGUCCAGCGGCGGCUUGGCCUGGAAGCGCACCUGUCCGCUCUGCGAGAGGCCUCUCUGGCCUCUGAGCUGGAGCGAGAUGAGAAGCCUCCAACCACAGCAGAUGACGAGGACCUACUGGGAGGUGAAAACGAGCGCGCCCAGGCCGAGGUGGCCAGCAUGGAUAGUGCCCUGCUGCCCUACGUCUCCAACAUGCUGUCAGCUCAACACACCCAGAUCUUCAUGUGCCCGCUGUGUAACAAGGUUUUCCCCUCCCCGCACAUCCUCCAGCUUCACCUCAGCUCCCACUUCAGGGAGCAGGAGGGCAUCCGCGCCAAGCCCGCCGGAGACGUCAACGUGCCCACCUGCACCAUCUGCAGCAAGACCUUCUCCUGCAUGUACACGCUGAAGCGCCACGAGCGGACACACUCUGGUGAGAAACCCUACACCUGCACCACCUGCGGCAAGAGCUUCCAGUACUCACACAACCUCAGCCGCCACGCAGUGGUGCACACGCGUGAGAAGCCGCAUGCUUGCAAGUGGUGCGAGCGGCGCUUCACGCAGUCCGGGGACCUCUACCGACACAUCCGCAAGUUCCAUUGUGAACUGGUCAACUCGUUGUCAGUAAAGAGUGAACCGCUGGCACUGCCCAAUGUCAGGGAUUGGGCGAUUGAGGACAGCUCCCAGGAACUGUGGAAGUAGAACAGACUGCUGGGUUUGAUAAAGGGAAAGAAAGAGCAGAGUGAGAAAGGCAGAGAGCCAUGGGGAGGUGAAGAGAAGUUUGAUGUUCGGGGUUUAAGUGAGUCAUGUUCUUGUGUGUCGCAAAAUCUCAUUCAAUUGCACUUUAAUAGCACAUGAAAAUGUUACUACUGAUUUUUUUUAUUCUAUUUUAUUCUGAACUCUUAUUUUUAUUUGGCGUAAGUUCUGUUUGGUGGUUUUCAUUGCGUCUAAGGACAUGGGUCCCAGUGAGAAUGUCUUGCCUUUAUUUUUUUGAAGAGUUUUCACUCUGUUUGUGUUUCAUCUCAGAAACAACACUCCGACGCUGGCCAGCGUAUCGGUCCCAGUCCCACAGACAGCAAACACCACUGCAGGAGUUCAGGUCGAACACACUGAAGUGAAAAAGCAUUACAAUACACUAAACGGGUACUGUGAUCGCCACAAGUCGAUACCACCGCACACACAGUUUGAAGAAAUGUGUGCGUGUGUGUGUGUCUGUGUGUGCGCGCAGUCCCGCACUACUCUGGCAAAAAAUUCACCUGAUGUGCGUGAGUGUGUAUGAGUGAGUUUUGUGUGUAUUAAUUUUAUUUUCUACUGGCAUGGAGGUGUCGUUGGCGAAGCGCUCCCCGCUUCUCUCGUUAAGCUCUUUGGUGUCGUGUGUUCAGGGGGAAGCUGACUGACUGACAGACUGAUGGCACUCAUGCAAUGCACAGCCUCCUUUUUUCACUUUUAAUCAAUUUGAAGUAUUUUCUAAAAAUGAAAAAGACCUUUAAAAUUAUUAUUAUUAUUAAUAUUAUUAUUGUUAUUAAUAGAUUUUGUUUCUUAAAUCUAGCUGGCAGUCUUUAAAACAUCUCUUGUUGGAAAAAAGUAAUUUAAUUUAAGGUUGUUGUAUAUUGUUCUGCUAUAAUUUUAAAAACUUAAAUCCUUUACCAUUUUUUAAAUUAAUGAUUAUUAUUAUUAUUUUGUUACUUUUUUUGUAAUGGGACCUGCUGUUGUUGCAUGACGUCCAAACCUGUAUACUUUAAAAUAAAAUGUGAAUUUGCUGUAUUACUGUACACAUUGUAAUUGAUCAAAUAUUUGACAACGGGCUUUUCUUUUUACUUUUCUUUGUGAAUACUACUCCAGGGUGCGGUCUGUUGAAAAAUCUGAAUAUUAUUCUGGAAAAAAAAAUGCAUGAAAAUUUGAUUUUGUCUUAAACCUUUUAAGUUGUGGUUUUUGCAUCGGGGGGAAAUGUGUGAACGUUACACUCUUUGACAGUGAAAAGUUGGGUUUUUCUACUCGUUGUAGGUCUGUCGCUGGGCUCCUAGAAGAAUGUUACCGAAUGUGUUACCCUCGGAUGUUGAAGCGAAACGAUGAAGCAUUUGAAGCCUGUGUCUAUAUGCACUGAUCUCUCUGCUGUGUGUGUGUGUGUGUGCGUGUGUGCGUGUGUGUAUGUGUGAUUAUGAGCAUGUGACUCGGUUAUUACCAGUCAAUUUAACCUACUGACGAUCUGCGUCCACCCAGCACUUCCUCCUCCUCCUCCCGCUCCUUCUCCUCCUCCUCAGGCGAUACAUUUCUCCAUCGCUGCAUGUUGGUUUUCCGUCUCUCCGUCCUCUCCAGCUCAAGAUGCCGUCAUAGCAGUUUCUCGGUUUUAUCGUCUCGCUGGGCACUUACUUCAGGUCUGAGUGCAGGUUUGUGGCUCUGAGGUGGCUACAGUGUGAAGGAUGCGGAGCGAGAGAGAGAGAGAGAGAGACAGGAAGCAGAGAGGAUGAACCUGAGAUGUUCUACUGAAAGUUGAAGGGUCAGAUAUCUUUGUCACACUAUAGUGUGGCGUCGAGCUGAGCUGUGCUGAGCUGUGCUGAUUCUGUACAGUAACUCGCUCGGCUCAGCGCGGUGCGUCGUGAAUGUGAUCAGAUGUUUGUGUGUGUGUGUGUGUGAGCGUGUGUGUGUUUUUCCACUUCAAACAUGGUCCUGACUUUGAGAGAGACGGGAGAGAUAUGGCAUGCCUGAAUGCACCUUUUUAGGCUAAAAGACAUAAAUUCAGAUUUUUUUGCUGAAAAGAUGCCUUUAUUAAAAUAAAAAAACCAAUUUCUGACGCUAUGGAAGUAUUUGAUACUGUAGAGCAUUGAGAAAUAGUUAACGUAUAAAUUCAAGGAAUUUUUUUGAAUUUGUCAGAAAAUGAUGUCUUAUCAUAUUUUGAUCGUGUGAUCUGAAUUUUUUGUUUUGUACGUGGAUGUUGUGUUUGGGUUGGGGCUACAUCGGUUUAAUUUUUUACUUUUACUUUUAAACCUCAAAUUUGUUUUUGCAGAGUAAUGGUCAAGCGUUGAUACAAUCCAAACCCAUUCAACGUAGAGAUGCUGAAACGCGAAGGCUCCGCAUUUCCCCUCACUCAGACGUGUGUGGGUGUGGGUGUGUGUGUGUACAUGCCCCCACUGGUGUGCAUGCGGUGGCUGUAUGUGCCGCCCCGUCAUCUGGUGGCACCUACAGGCUUUGCCAGUGCAACAGUGUGGGUGACAUUGCGGCAGUUUUAGCCGCAUUGUCUCAUCUUUUUUAAUUUUUCCCAUGAAAAAUUAUUUCUUCACUGGCAGCGUCUCUGCAUAUGGGCUCACUCCAUCCUGCUGUUGUUUUCAUCAUUACUGCUGUUUUAUUUAUUUUUUUCUCUCGUUCCGUUCUGUUCCUCUGGUUGUACUUGACCGCCUUAAACUGCUGUAGUCCGGGCUAAUUUUUAUUUUAUUUUAUUUAAAUUAAUGUGUGAGUGGAGGGUGGAGUUUGUGGUAGUGUUGUCAACGGCUCACGAUGCUAUGAAGUAACCACCCUGAUGAGACAUCUCCUUCUUUUGCUGUGCUUACUUGAAAACAGGGG